CAGCACACCCGCCGCACCGAGCGAACCCAGCCGUCGGUAACGGAGAAGAUGGCAGAGCGGCAACAACAGAAACACGAAGGCAGGGUAAAGAUCGGACACUACAUCCUCGGCGACACGCUCGGAGUGGGGACAUUCGGGAAAGUGAAGAUUGGCGAGCAUCAGUUGACGGGCCAUAAAGUGGCUGUAAAGAUCCUAAACAGACAGAAGAUCCGCAGUCUCGAUGUCGUUGGGAAGAUCAAACGAGAGAUCCAGAAUCUCAAACUGUUCAGACACCCACACAUUAUCAAGCUGUACCAGGUGAUAAGUACACCAACAGAUUUCUUCAUGGUCAUGGAGUAUGUGUCUGGAGGUGAGCUGUUUGACUACAUCUGCAAACAUGGACGGGUGGAGGACACUGAAGCCCGCCGCCUUUUCCAGCAGAUUAUCUCAGCUGUGGACUACUGCCACAGGCACAUGGUGGUCCACAGAGACCUCAAACCUGAGAACGUCCUGCUGGAUGCCAGCAAGAACGCCAAGAUAGCUGACUUUGGUUUGUCAAACAUGAUGUCAGAUGGGGAGUUCCUACGGACAAGCUGUGGCUCGCCCAACUAUGCUGCUCCAGAGGUCAUCUCAGGAAGACUCUAUGCAGGCCCAGAGGUGGACAUCUGGAGCUGCGGCGUGAUCCUGUACGCCCUGCUUUGCGGCACUCUGCCCUUUGACGAUGAGCACGUCCCCACGCUGUUUAAGAAGAUCAGAGGAGGCGUCUUCUACAUCCCCGAGUACCUGACUCGCUCUGUGGCCUCGCUGCUCAUGCUUAUGCUGCAGGUGGAUCCUCUGAAGAGAGCCACCAUCAGAGACAUCAGGGAACAUGAGUGGUUUAAGCAGGACCUGCCAGGCUACCUGUUCCCCGAGGACCCCUCGUAUGAUGCUACAGUCCUGGAUGAAGAGGCUGUCAGGGAAGUGUGCGAGAAGUUUGAAUGCACUGAGUCUGAGGUUGUGUCCAGCCUUUACAGCGGGGACCCACAGGAUCAGCUAGCAGUAGCUUAUCACCUCAUAAUAGACAACCGGCGCAUCAUGACCCAGGCCAGCGAGUUCUACUUGGCCUCCAGUCCUCCCCAGGGCUCCUUCAUAGAGGAGGGCAUGCCGCUGCCCCCCGGGAUCAAACCCCACCCAGAGAGGAUGCCUCCGCUGCUGGCUGACAGCCCCAAGUCUCGUUGUCCUCUGGAUGCUCUCAACACCACUCGGCCCAAACCGCUAGCAGUGAAGAAGGCCAAGUGGCACCUCGGUAUCAGGAGCCAGAGCAGACCCUAUGACAUCAUGGCUGAAGUGUACAGGGCCAUGAGACAACUCAGCUUCGACUGGAAGGUGGUGAACCCGUACCACCUGCGAGUGCGGAGGAAGAAUCCAGUGACGGGGAACCUGGUGAAAAUGAGCCUGCAGCUGUAUCAGGUGGACAACAGAUCCUACCUCCUCGACUUCAAGAGCAUCGAUGAUGACAUCAUCGAGGCAGUUGGCUUUAAAUCGGGCUCGUCCACUCCUCAGAGGUCAGGCUCCACAGCCGGACUCCACAGACCCAGACUGAGCAUCGACUCAGCGAGCCCCGCGAUUGAUCUGCCCCAGCUCAGCUCCUCUCUCCCGGGGUCCCUGUCUGGUAGCAACCCUCUACUCACCCCCCGUCAGGGAUCACACACCAUGGACUUCUUUGAAAUGUGUGCCAGUCUCAUCACUACACUGGCACGCUGAGAUGCAUCCACUUUUAACCUCGCUGUAACCUCGAUGUCAGUGGGGUUUUUAAGCCAAUUGCUGAUCCGGGACGUAGGGGAGUGUAGAUGUUAGGAGUGACUUCCUCUCUCUGUCUCCUCUCCAUCUCCGUUCCAGUUGUAUUGGCCUGGAAGGGUGAAUGGAAGUGUAAAAAGCAAAGCCUGUCACUUCAGAUUAGGGAGACACAGAGAGGAAUCCUUUCUCAGAGAGGCAGAUUAAUAGCUUUUUUUUUUUCUUUUCGUAUUUUGACACAGUCCUUGGAUCAGAGUCUCAGAGUUUAAACACGCAGCCACAGCUUAUGACAACUGAUCCUGGGACUGGAAUCUGUGACAUAUUGAAGGCCAUAGGCAAUAGGUCACAGCACGCAGUCGUGUCGGAGUCAGGAAAGGUCAAGUCCACUGUCACUCCUCCCACAAAUACCUUCAAUCUAUAUCAACUGCUGAAACGUCAUCGCCUACCAUAACACUAAAUGGCGGGAAAGCCUGCUGAGUUUUCCCCAAACACUGAUCGGAGGUCAGUUUUGCUUCUCGUCUUAUAUUUUGAUGAAGGUUGUUAAAAUUGACAUAAAAUCUGUGUCUGAGGGAACGUUAGCACAUGUAAAAUUUAUUUUCAGGUUUUAUAUUCUAUGGUUUGUAAAGAAACUUUGUUAUCCAUGUAUAUUAUAUUUAUAUUACAUAGCUGAAAAGGUUGACAAGGGUAUACCAAAUAACAGACUUUAUACUCCAUGAAGAAGAUGAUUAUUAUUUAGAUAUCAGAUCCAUAUUUAUUUUUGAGAGAUUGUUUUUUAGGCGCUGUAGUUGUAUUAUUUAAGCACUGCAUCGACGUAGAGUUUUAUCCUGAUUUUGAAUAGAUUGUAGAAGAUUAAUGAACCUAGAGAGGCAGCGGGAUAGUCGGGCGAUAAUACUCUGCAUGGUGCCGACUGUGUCCUGCAUUUAGUGAUGAAGCACAGAUACACACCAUCUAACAUGAGUUUUCACAGCCACCGUAUUACCUGACUUCUCACACAGCUAUGGUCGGUCUCUGUGUUUUUCAAAGAUGCCGUUCAUACCGUACAUCUGCUGUUUCUUUCCCCACACAACCAUCAUUUUAUACAUUCAGUAACUGUCAUAAAUAUGCAACAACACACACACAGACUUCUCUACACUUCAGUUUAGCCCUUAACAAAUGACAAGUUGAGCAGCUGCUAAUAUGCUGCUCAGCCAUGCAUGCACAGAAUGUAAUUUAAAAAGCGCGAGCAGGCCGGAGAUAUCAGGAGGACAGACAUGGCAGGCAGUCACAUACGCAGUAAGCUGAAAAAGACAGACGCCAUGUGCUGUUUGUAAUGAAGAGUGUAGCAAUUUUUAGGGCUACAAUUAUUAACUAUCUUCUUUUUUUUUUUUUUACUUAAAGGUCCAGUGUGCAGGAUUUAGGGGGGGGUCAUCAUUUUCUUUAGUGUAUAAUCACCUUAAAAUAAGAGUUGUCGUGUUUUUGUUACCUUCGAAUGAGACGUCUAUAUCUACAUAGGGUGCACGUCCUUGUCUAAGGAGAUGGCAAAGUUUCUACAGUAGCGCAAAACGGACAAACCAAACACUAGCUCCAGACGGGGCCGUUCACAUUUUCGUAUCGGCCACCAUAGUUAGCAGCCUCUCCCCGAUAAGCAUGUCAGAAAAAUACAUUUUAGUAAAUGUAAAACUGCAUUAUUCAGUGAUGUAACUGGUUUAAAUCACCAGGUCCAUUUGUUUUGGAGAGGAAGAGACCUCUAUGGUUAAUUUAGCUCCUGGUAAAAACCUGAACUCCUGGAUCUUUAGUUAUCAGACCUCCGACAUGAAGCUGCUUUAUACAGUGUUUUUACCGGUUUAACUCACUGGAUCCGUUUGUUCUGGAGAGGAGGAGACUCCUGCAGAUAAUUUGGUUAAUGGUUAAAACCUCCUGUACAUCUGGAUCAGAAAUCAGAUGAGCAUACAUAAGGUUAUCAGAGACAACAGGUAAGCAGAUAUUAGCAGGUACAGCUGCAAUGUGCCAAACAGCGUAGGAGAAACUGCUUUGUUUAGUGUUUUUAAUCACCAAUUCUGUCUGUUUGUUUUAGAGAGGAAGAGACCUCUGCAGAUAAUUCAGCCACCUGAACAGCCAAAAGUGAAGGAAUUGUAACUGGGAUUGUUUCAGCUGGUUUCAGUGGGUAAUCCUCACUGCUAAAUCCCCCUGAAUCUUACACACUGUUCCUUUAAGCCUUUUAAAAUGAGAAAAAUGUGCAUCAGAAUUUAGAGCCUAAUCUGAGGUCUUGAAUCAGAGCGUAUGUUAAUAUUUACUUGAUAAAUUGCUCCAAAAGUCGAUCAAUUUUCAAAAUUGCUACCAAUCAUAUUAGCAGAGUUAAACUUCAUUAGCCCUGAGUCUGUGUAUGUGAACAGAUAAUGAGGUGAUGAUGAUAAUCAAUGAGAGGAAGAUGACAAAUCUAUGCGAGGUGGUGUGUAUCUGCUGCAGGACAGUAUAAGCCACAGAAACCUUUCUCCAGUUGCCUUAAAGAAUGCAACACAGUAACUGUGCAUAUGUUUAUGGAGAGUGUGUGUAUGAGCCAGUGUGUGUAGUGGAGAUGGGUAGAGUGUGUCACAUGAUCGUCAUGUUUUUCUUACUGACUUUGUUCGGAGGAUCUCUGCAGUGCUUUGGGAGAUUGGUUCAGUUGGUAGAAAGUGACAAAGGGACAUGAUGUUUGGUGUUUGUGUUUCGUCAUCGUCUGUUCAGUCUGCGUUUUAAAACUCGUGUGGAUUUACUGUUUUAUUGCCUCACACUAAACUUCACUGUAUCUGUUGUUUCUGCUCCUUUGUUUCAAUGGUGUUAUUUCUUAUGUAAAUGUUGAGCAUUGUCCUGUCAGAUCAGACCAUAGCUGAGUUUAGUGUUGUGUUGUCAUGGAAUAUUUUUUCAAAAUCAGUGUGAAAGUGAAAAGUGAAAGCUGGUGCUGCAGUGUAGCUAUGAUUAACUGAUCAGUUGUCAACCAUUAAAUUAAUCACUGACUCAUUUAAAGGAGCAAUAAGUGAAAUUCAUCAUUUCUAGAUUGAAGGAAUUAAAAAAUUGCUAUGUGAAGAACUAGAGGUGUAAUUUGAUCUGGAGUAUAGCAUGACCUCACACACCCUCUCUGUGUGUUGAUCUCCAGCCCAUUGUUUACAAGCCGGUCCGGCUGCGCGUUCAUGUACGUUCAUGUGAAUCCGGAACGUUAGCAUGGCAGCCGACUAGUGCUAACACUAACGUCCCCACGCUUCUCGGCUCCGACUCACUGAGCCUGGCGGAGAAGCGUAGGGACGUUAGCACUAGUCGGCUGCCAUGCUAAUGUUCCAACUCUUCUCCGUGAGCCCGGCUCCCGGCUCAGCUGGAGUUGGAGCGUUAGCGUGGCAGCCGAGCAGGGAAAUAGCUAAACACAGCAGAGACCGAGAGUGAGUGAAAGACAUCGCUAACUGCUAAACUAAGCCAAACUAAGUUGGCUGUUUAGGUUUUAUUUCCUCGCCCCUGUGGCGGGUGAAUCUGCCUGCAGUGAAACCGGGGGCUAACCGGUGCUUCCUCCUCAUGCUCCACUUCACUCAGCUGCCAACACAGCCAGUUAGCCUCCGCUAGCUUCCCAGCUAGCGGCUCUCCGUUUGGAUCCAACCGGAGCACCGAGCCCUGGUUUGUUUUUCAGGUUCAUGUGGGAAGAAGCAGCGGGUACAUCGGGCAGCUGAGUGAAGCUGAGUGAAGUGGAGCCUGCGGAAGAAACACCGGGACCGUCUGGAUGUGAUAGUCCGUGGAGAUGCUGCGGUACUCGCCGGCACAGACGAGGCGAGUGGGGUGGUGGGGGGUGGAGAGCAGAGGUAGAGGGAGGAGUGGCUCAUGACACACUUGGUUUUGCUCUACAGGCAGUGCACAACAGCAAACCUAGCGGUGAAACGAUUUCGCUUAUUGCCCCUUUAAUAAUUGAUUCAUUGGUUAGAGUAUUUUUUGAGGAAAAAGACAACAAAAUAAAAGACAAAACUGACCGAUUCCAGCUCUAAAAUGUGAAUACUUUCUGGUGUAUUCACUCCUUUAUGACAGUAAACAGAAUAUCUUUUGGUUGUGGAUAAAACAAGACAUUUGAACGCAUCAUUAUGGCCUUAGGGAAACACUGAUGGACAUUUUUCACCAUUUUCUGACAUUUUAUAGACCGAACAAACAACUUAUUGAUAAUGUACAGAUUGAUCGACAAUAAAAAUAACUGUUAGUUGCAGUUGCAGAUCCUCCUGUCCAUCUCUCUCUGGGUUUGUUCUUGGUUUUUAAAGCAGCGUUGUUUUGAUGGAGAGCGCUGGACUGUUGCCUUUCUACUGUUUUUGAUAAAACAGGUUGGAGGGAUAGUACGAACUCUGCUUUACACUGAUGUCAUGAAUAGGAAACCCCAAAAUGGCCAAUUCAUUGUGUUCAUUCUCGUUAUUUUCACAGGUUUGGGGCAAGUGAUUGGCAAAAGGGCAAAAUGAAAAAUGUAAUGUUAUUUUUCGUUUUAUAUAGUUAGUAUAACGUAAGAAUAAUAGGAUAAUAUUUCAGAAUAUUGGGGAGAAUUUGGCCAUGUUGGAGGUUUGCACAUAUCACUCUCAACUAUGAGUGUUCAGUUAGUUAGUGUUAACCUAAUACUUUGUUGGACCUACAAUAAUUUGACGUAGUUUGGUUCUCUACUUGUUGUGAGUCAUCGUCUGCAUCGAGUCAGUAGUUUUUGCCUUAUGAGAGAAUUGUGAAGGCUUCUGGUUGAAACAGUGAAAGCCACAUUCUUUGUUACUCUGCUGAAACCCUUUAUUACAUGUAUGUUCUGUUAACGUGUCUUGUGUCGGGUUGCCUUCGCUGUCUGUGACGCCACAUACACCACUGACUGAAUAUACCUUGACGUCAGGGAGAAACUGUGCUUCCUGCCGCGAGACACGUGCCACUGCACACGCAGUCCUGUAAACACUAAUCUCUGUUCUUCAGUCAAACCUCUAUAUUACACUCUGUUGCUGUGUCUUAAAUGACCUGUCCUCUGGAUAGUGAGCUGCGUUGGUCACAUCAGGAUCACAUCUGGCCCAUUGUGCAUCCAUCCCUGAUUCUGCUGCUCGUAACAACAGUAUGACAUGUCGAUCAGUGGAGCGCACUAUCUGGGAGAGGUCAUGGGUUGUAUUUAAAAACUCCCAAUAUAACCAGUAUUUACUGUCAGAUGUAGUACUGUACCAUUACACCUGUAUGCAACUACCAGUGGCAUGUUAGUCAUGUAAACUCUAAUUUGUGUUUAGAGCUGGGAAACAUGCCGGGGGCCUAAUCAAAUACAGACUUUAACAUGUUGUACCAAAGUGAGUAUUUGCAACAGCAAGGCUGUUUAUCUGUGGAGGGGUUCUUAUGAUUAGUGUAACCUUAAAUACCCCAGUGUGUGUGUGUGUGUGUGUGUGUGUGUGUAUGUAUUUGUGUGUGUGCACACUGGUAAUUGUGAAAGAAUGUGUGUAAGGGUGUGUUUCCGCGUGCGUGUGUAAGAAUGUGACAGUGUGUUUCAACUGUCUCUCCCUGUCUCUGUCUGAUUGGGGUUUGGAUUUCUCUUGUUAUGCACUGCAUGAUAUUGCUGUUAUGAUUUGCACUUUAAUGAGUAUUUAUUGAAAAACAAUAAACAAACAUAUAAAAGGAAAAAUGUUUUUGUCCCUAAAGGCUUUGUCAGUGUCACACACACACACACACACACACUCAUACACACACACCCAUCACAGAGGAUUAGUUCUGUGGGGUUUUUUUUUCUUCCAGACAAAAUGCACCCUUAGAUGUCAACAAUAUUUUACAUGAAAAUGACCUCGGGUGAUCAUUACACGACUUUCUCUUUCUGUAACACUUAUUAUUCAUCAGCUCGAGGGGAAAGUCAUAAGAAGAAAGGCGGCACAUAAAACUGACACCUGCCAGACAUCCGCUCCAUAAAAAUGUAAGAAAAUAAAGUUUAUGGGGGACGCUUCCCUCCAGAAGGUGCACCUAUGACCAACACAAAUGACACUAAUUGAAUUGUUAGAUUGUGUAUUUUAGAUUAUGCUCCAUGUUGUUUAUUGGUGCACCAUUAAAGAUAAUUAUUACACCUUACAUGUUAAAAGCUCAGCAUUUAAAUACUAUGACAUGAGUCGUUACAUAAACACUUCCAUAAUCUGUAAUGAUCUCUAACAAAAUAAUGAGGCUAAAUAAAGUAGAAAAGAUAUUCAUGUACAAAAACAAAACAACAUAAUAAUACAAACACUUGGAAGAAAAUGAGCAAUUUAAACAAUAUUAAAGGGACGGUUCACUCCCAAAUAAAAAUUGCAUAUUUUUCUUCUUGCCCGUAGUGCUGUUUAUCAGUCAAGAUUGUUUUAGUGUGAGUUGCAGAGUGUUGAAGAUAUCGGCCGAAGAGAUGUCUGCCUGUUCUCCAUUAAAGUGGAACUAGAUGGCACUCGGCUUGUGGUGUUCAAAGAGCCAAAAAAAUACAUUUGAAAAACUCAACAACAAUGUCUCUUUCCAGAAAUCAUGACCCGGUUACUCAAGAUAAUCCACAGACCUUGUUGUGAGCAGUUUCAUGCAGGAACUAUUUUCUUUCUACCAAACUACACCCGCCAACCGCAUCACCGCAUCACCGCACAGAAGGACGCUUGCAUCUACUCAUGAACGAGAGGCUCAUGCUCGUGAGGUGAGCUAGCAGUUGAUGCACACUUCCUUCUGUGCAGUGAUCCAGUUGGUGGGUGUGGUUCGGAAGAAAGAAAAUAGUUCCUACAUGAGACUGCUCACAACAAGGUCUGUGGAUUAUUUUG